AAGAGCCCAGCCCCUACUUCCUAGAAUCUGGAGCACACAGAAGUGUCCCCUAUAUCUCUCCCCAUUCUUUCCUGCCUCAGCAUUCUCUAUAGAAAUGUUGCUAAAGAAAAUGCAGCUGCCCCUCUACCUGCUCCUGCUAGUGGCCUGGAUUCCAAAAGCUAUUUUCUGCCUAGAGCAAUCUGAUGCUGGAGAGCAGAGUCCUCAGGCUAACACUGGACUGGCUUACCGCAAAAUAAGGCCAGCGAAUUCAGAAUUUGCUGGAAGAUUGUUCAGGCUCUUGGUUUCUGAAAAUCCUCACAAGAAUGUCUUCUUCUCUCCUUUGAGCAUUACUACUGCCUUUGCCAUGCUCUCCCUGGGGGCCAAAACAGCCACCCUAACUAACCUUUUGGAGGGCCUGGGUUUUAAUCUCACAGAGCUUCAGGAAAAGGAGAUCCAUGAAGGCUUCCAAGAUCUUGUCCACCUACUGAACACUACGAAGGGCAAAGUUCAGCUGGAAAGCGGCAAUGGUCUCUUUAUUGAUGAUAAGCUGGAGCUGCUCCAAAAGUUCUUAGGUGAUGUCAAAAAUUUGUAUGGAGCUGAAGUGCUUGCUUCAAACUUCAGGGAUUCUGAAGGUGCUAUAAAGCAGAUUAAUGAUUAUGUAGAUAAGAAAACACAUGGAAAAAUUCCAGAAUUAAUCGAGCAACUAAACCCCAACACAAUAAUGGUUCUCAUAAACUACAUUUUCUUUAAGGGCAAUUGGGAGACCUCUUUUAAUUCCACCCUCACUGAGCUACAGGACUUUUAUGUGGAUAAAAACACAACAGUACAAGUGCCAAUGAUGACGAAAAGGGAAAAGCUAUACUACCACCGUGAAGAUGAGCUGUUCUCUUCAAUGGUCGUCCUGCCCUAUGAAGGGAAAGCCUGGUUAAUUUUAGUUCUACCAGAUGAAGGCAAAUUAGAUCAGGCACUGGAUGCUAUAAUUACCAAAAAAGGAAUGUCAUGCUCUAAAUUUGUGGAAAAAAGGAAAGUGGAUAUUUUUCUGCCCAGGAUGUCAAUCUCCACUAGUUAUAAUCUUGAAGAAGUACUUGCCAAAAUUGGCAUAAGAGACGUGUUCACUAACAACGCAGAUCUCACAGGCAUCUCCACACAAUCCCAACUACAAGUGUCCAAGGUAUUACACAAGGCAGCAUUUGAGGUGAACGAAAAUGGCACCGUGGCAGCUGCUGCCACAGGCAUAGAAAUCCAGCGCAAUAUAGCGGCUCUCCCUACCAUCAUGAACUUCAACAGGCCCUUCAUUAUGUCCCUGAUGGAUCUAAACACUCACCAGCACUUAUUUAUGGGGAAAAUUGUCAACCCUGCAGCCAAAAGUUGAUGGACUGGAGUUAGCUACUGUUGUAAUAAAUAAAUAAAUAAAUGAAUAAAUAAAUGAAUGAAUGAA